AUGAAUCGCCCAUCACGCAAUGACGAUACAGAGGACCAUCCACACUGGAACCAGAGUCCACACGCUCUGAGUGGAGACCUGACGACGCGAGCAGACCUCAAUGGUAUCGUGAAUCUCCGAGAACAACGAGAGAAUGAGUCGAGCCUCGACAACAACGAACAGGAGCAAAUCAAUACGCACCCAAUCAACGCCCCUGAACCAGAUGCGACGGCCACGAAGGACCCCAGCAUCGUCCAGGUUGAUCCACAGGACCAGCACCAGUCCUCGACUGAUGCGGAUCUGACGGCCUUUCAACAACAACAACAACAGCAGCCACCCUCAGCUGCUGACUAUGCCUCGCCUCCAUUGUUCCCGACUUCGAAUGCGAAUACAAGUCGCCCAAGACGCAUACUUGCAAAGGCCGUCACGACUUUGCAGAAAUACGUCAAGUUCAUCGGCCCCGGGUUCAUGAUUGCAGUGGCAUACAUCGACCCAGGAAACUACGCGACCGACGUCCAAGCCGGCGCCGAAACACGCUUCCGCCAUCUCUUCGUCAUCCUUUUGUCCAACCUCUUUGCCAUCUUUUUGCAGUCGCUGUGCAUCAAGCUCGGCAGCGUGACGGGUCUGGACCUGGCUGAGAAUUGCCGCAAACACUUGCCCAAGUGGCUAAAUAUCAUCUUGUAUCUCUUUGCGGAGUCGGCCAUUAUCGCUACUGAUAUCGCUGAGGUCAUUGGUUCUGCCAUCGCACUGAAUCUUCUUCUACAUAUUCCCCUCGUGGCAGGAUGUGCUAUUACUCUCGUCGACGUGCUCAUCCUACUCCUCUUCUACCGGCCUGAUGGGUCCAUGUCACGGCUGCGUCUCUUCGAGUUCUUCGUCAUGAGCUUGGUGCUGGGCGUCAUGGUGUGCUUUUGCAUCCAGCUGUCCUACAUCCGCAACACCUCCGCCGGACAAGUGUUCAAGGGCUACCUUCCCUCGGCGGCGGUCGUUGAUGGAAGUGGAAUCUACAUAUCUUGCGGAAUCAUGGGUGCCACGGUCAUGCCGCAUUCUAUUUUCCUCGGUUCGGGGGUGGUCCAACCACGCUUGAAACAGUUCGACGAGCAGAACGGCCACAUUGUCGCAUUGGGCGGCGCAGAGUCGGACGACGAGGAUGAGAAAUACCGUCCGUCCAUCUACGCCAUCCGGGCAUGUCUCAAGUACUCGAUUGUCGAGCUCGCCUCAUCGCUGUUUACGUUUGCCCUGUUUAUCAAUUCUGCGAUCCUCAUCGUGUCAGGCGCCUCCCUGUAUCCCUCGACCACGGCUACGGACGCAGACCUUUUCGGCAUCCACAGGCUUCUCAGCCAGAAUCUUUCCAAGGCAGCGGGGACAUUGUUUGCUUUGGCGCUGCUCCUCUCGGGCACAUCGGCAGGCAUAGUCUGCACCAUGGCUGGACAGAUGGUGUCAGAAGGCAUGCUACAUUGGACGAUCAAACCUUGGAUGCGGAGGCUUAUCACGCGGUCGAUCAGCAUCGUACCGAGUAUCGUCAUCGCCGGCGCCAUCGGUCGCGACGGUCUGAACCAAGCUCUCACCGCCAGUCAGGUCGUCCUCAGUGUCAUUCUUCCUUUCGUGACGGCCCCGUUGGUGUGGUUCACGAGUCGGAGCUACAUCAUGACUGUGCCGGAUGGGAGUGGCGUCCGCGAUGGUGCAGUUGUCAACAUGCGAAACGGCUGGAUCGUGACGGCGCUGGCUAUUGUGAUAUGGCUGGUGCUUGUGGUCAUGAAUGUCGCCUUACUGGUCCUCGUUGGCCUGGGCAAGGCGUGA